AUGGCUCGUCAAUUCUUCGUCGGUGGAAACUUCAAAAUGAACGGUACCAAGGACUCGAUCACCAAGAUCGUCGAGAACUUGAACUCUACUGACUUGCCAAGUAACGUGGAGGUUGUCAUUGCUCCUCCAGCACCUUACCUUGCCUUGGCUGUUCAGCUCAACAAGCAGAAGACCGUCGAGAUUUCUGCUCAGAACGUCUUCAACAAGGCCUCUGGUGCCUACACUGGUGAGAUCUCUGCUGACCAAUUGAAGGACUUGGGUGUCGCUUGGACCUUGACUGGUCACUCUGAGAGAAGAACCAUCAUCAAGGAGUCCGACGAGUUCAUUGCCGAGAAGACCAAGUUUGCCUUGGACAACGGUGUUUCCGUUAUUUUGUGUAUUGGUGAGACUUUGGAGGAGAGAAAGGCUGGUGUUACCAUUGACGUGUGUGCCAGACAAUUGGAUGCUGUUUCCAAGAUUGUUUCUGACUGGUCCAACAUCGUUGUCGCCUACGAGCCAGUCUGGGCUAUUGGUACCGGUUUGGCUGCCACCCCAGAGGAUGCUCAGGACACCCACAAGCAGAUCAGAGCUCACUUGUCCAAGACCAUUGGUGCUCAGGCUGACAGUGUGAGAAUCUUGUACGGAGGUUCCGUCAACGGUAAGAACGCUCCAGAGUUCAAGGAUAAGGCUGACGUGGACGGGUUCUUGGUCGGUGGUGCUUCCUUGAAGCCAGAGUUUGUUGACAUCAUCAAGUCCAGAUUGUAA